GUCCCACUUGACUCUACAAAUGCUUCGAAGCGUUUGAUUGACCAAUCGAAACAAAGAUUUUUACGAAUUGACCAAUCAAAGAAUGCUUCGAAACGUUUGUAGCGUAACCUCCCAGCUUCCCACUGCCAUCAAUAGUCCUUUAUAUGUCAAUGGCGUAUAUGCUUUAUGUACUCGCGCGCAAACGGAGCAAAUUUCCACAUGUUUUUUUUACGUACGCAAACGUCAGGGUUUAGCUAACGCAUGAGAACUAUUUAGUGUAGAGAAAACGGUUUUUAUGCAAGAACGUUUACGGAUAUAGUGUGGUAAAAUGAGUAAAAAACGCAAUAGACAACCGGACGCAAAUCCCGAUGUCAGCGAAGCUUCCACUGAGUCCUGUGAGGAGGCAAGCGCAGGACGAUUGACGCCGGCAACCGUUCAGGGUUAUAGUAUAACUAACAAACAUCCCUCCCCCCCCAGUCUGGGAUUUUGGGCGGUGCUGUGGACGAAGCAGCAAGAAGAAGAAAUCGCUCUGGGGUCCAGAGACCCCUGUACAAAAUGUCCACACAUAGCAAAGGCUAUCAAUUUGAACAAAGUGAAGAAGAACAUAAAAAAGAUUGGUAUACUGAGUGAAUGUUCUAUGUGCAAAAAACUGGAAGCAGAUCUCAAGAUGGAAGAAAUUAGUGAUAUUUCGAAAUUACUGUGGAUCUGCCUGCAAUGUGGGGAGCAAGGCUGUGGUAAAGAACAGAAACAGCAUGCCAUUGAGCAUUAUAGGAAACCUCACAGCGACUGCCACUGCAUGGUGACAGAUUCUCACCAUUGGAGUGUUUGGUGCUACCAGUGUGAAAUUGAAGUUCAUCCUAACAGUAGGAAGAAGCUGCUGGAAAUUGUAGAGUUUAUCAAAAAGUGUGUCAAUAUACCACAAAUAUCUCAGCAAUCGAAAAUGCCAGCAAUUCAGUACCAAAAAGAACUAAUAGUUGAUGUACGGGAGAAAGAGAAACAUAGAAUAUUAAACAAUCUUCCUAAAGUUGGGGGUUUGGCAAAUCUAGGAAACACCUGUUUCUUCAAUGCUGUACUUCAGUGUUUAGCGCAAACACCUUAUUUAGUGAAGGUGCUGGAUGACUUACGUUUGCCCGGACAAAAAUUUGUCUUACCUGGUGGAAAACAUAAACCUGCCGAUGCUGAGGAUGAAGAAGAAUUGCCACCAAUUGAAGGGACCUUGGAACGGUGGGGCAGUUUUACAUCGAUUCUAUGUGAAACUCUGUCGAAAAUGCAAAACACCAGCGGCCAUCAAACUUAUACUCCUUUGAAUCUUCUCUGUAAGCUCAGGAAGAAGACUACGCAAUGUGUGGAUGGUGGACAACAUGAUUCACAUGAGUUUCUCCGACAUUUAUUAGAAAUAGUUCGAAAUGAGGAUCUCAGAAGGUACCAGAGCAUAAUUUUGAAGGAGGUUGGUCUAAGUGAAAAAACUAAACCGGAUUGCGUGGAAAAGGGCUUGAAAUCUCGCGUGAAAUUUUACGGCAAUCAGGCCAGCACACGAUUGCUGGGACCGGAAGCGGUAUUCCGUGGCGUGCUGGUAUCUACUCUGGAAUGCCUGGAUUGUCAUCACUCAUCGCAACGCACUGAGCCAUUCUUAGAUUUGAGUCUGCCCGUCAUGGCGGACAAGCCGCAACCUCCACAGUUGAAGAGAAAGAACAGUGAAUUUGAGGAUGCCUUUGAUAUGAUGAAUAUUCAGCAGCGUGACUAUCAAACUACCGAUACGUCAUGGAAACAAUUGAAGAAAGAGAAAAAAGCCGCCAGGAAAAAUCGAAAGAAUAAAAGGCAUGAAAACUAUAACAAUUCUAACGCGUUAACGGACCUGAAUAAUCCCACGGAAGAAAACAAUGAUAACAUAUUGAAGUCAGAAGAAAGCGACGCUGAUAUAGAAGAUAACAUCGAGGUGGACAAUUCUCAUCCAGAGAUUGGAGAGUCCGGUUAUAGCUCAGAGAAAGCAUCCGCCGUCACCAGUCCUGUGUCUCCCGCUGACCAUCAUCAUCAUCUGAACGACUUCAAUAGUGCUGUUAACCCGGAGGAUAAUCUAGAUAAUAAUUUGGACUCGGCACAAGUUAGACACCCAGGGAACAUUAACGCAUUAAUUAGCUCUAGUCCAACCAAUGUGUCGAUGACAGACUUGACUCAAAUCAAGAUCAGAAUGUCAUCUGAGAAGACUGACAGAAAUAUCGGCACGGUCAAUUCCGAGACUGAAGCGUCAGCCGCGGUAUUGACCGACUCCAUGAUUGUCAAUUCCGACGUCACAAGCCUUGAGGUACCCACUGUGAGUCUAAAUAGCUCCAUCGCUUCUAAGGAGAGUCCUACUAGCCCUAUCAACGACGAGGAAGUCACAGAAAGAUUAGACAGUGUUGAGGCAUGGAUGGCAACUGCUUUAACAAGGUACAAUAAAAAGAAGUAUAAUAAUGGAACUGUUAAUGGAGACGAUUGCAAAGAGCAAGACGCAUAUAAUGAGCUCGGUGAUAUAAUGAUGGGAAUGUCCAAAUUGGGAAUUGCUGGACAUCAGUCGCCUGGCAGGUACACAACCAAGGAGGACGAAUGUUCCAUAGAAUCGUGUUUGAAUCAAUUCACUGCGUUGGAGUUGAUGACGGGAAGCAAUAAAGUUGUGUGUGAAGCGUGCACAGCUCGCGAGAAGAAGAAUCAAGAAGGGUCGUCAAAAAUGAUAUGCACUUCGAGUACCAAACAAUACCUCGUCUCUCAAGUACCUCCGAUACUGAUAUUGCAUUUGAAGAGAUUCCAAACGCAGAGAGUCGGCUUUCGAAAAGUUUUCAAGCAUGUGUCGUUUCCGAUAUUACUGGAUUUGGCACCAGUUUGCAUAAAUCGCAAGAAACCUCGACUUUAUGCGCUUUAUGGAGUUGUCGAGCACAGUGGAACUGUACAUGGUGGUCACUACGUUGCUUAUGUCAAGACGAGACUACCAUUAUCAUCAGACGAUCCUCGGUGGAAAUUUCUGCCCAAGGACAAAGAUUCCAAAACGGAUAACGAAUCAAGUAGCUCAGAAUCGGAAGGAGAAGCAUCGGCAAAAACUGUAUCCGUCAUAGAACCGCCGCCUGGAAGAUGGUAUUAUGUAUCAGAUUCUCGGGUAUCAGAAGUAGAUGAAAGUACAGUGCUACAAAGUCAAGCGUAUCUCUUGUUCUACGAAAGAAUUCUCUGAUUUGAUGGACCGAAGCAGAAUGAAGAUCAACAUAAUUGCAUUUCCGAUUUUCGAGAAACAGAAAACAGACUUACAAUGAAUUUAUUAAUUCUAUAAUUUUUAGUAUCACAUCGCGCGUUAUCAGAUGUAUAUGUAAUUAAUUAUGUGUAUAUUGCAAGAAAUCUGUAAUCUAUUAGAACUAUUGAAAACUUAUUUUUUAUGAAAGUUGUUGUUUACGGUCGAUUAGCAGCACAUCGCGACAAUUAUCAUUAAAAAAUGUCCUUUUAUAAAUGUUUUACAAAAGUUUAACUCAAUUGUUAGAAAAUCUGAAUUUCAAACCUUAGAAUUUUCAGAUUUUUAGAAAUAUUUUUAGCAAUAUUAGUAAAAUUGAAAUUACUUGGCAAUGCUCUUUCCUUUGUAAAUUAUCCAUUGAAUAAUAUUCAUUGAAUAAUCCAUUGAAUAAACUUCAAUAUAAAACAAUAAAAUUAUUAGCAUAAUAAUAUGCUAAUAUUAUUAGUAUAUGUAAUAAUAAUUACAAGAUAGCGUAAUACUUAAGAAGAUUGUAUGAAUUUCAAUUCUUGUUUGAGUUCAUAGAAACACUAUGAGGAUAUGACACCAAAUAAAAAGAAAUUUUUUUUUAUGUAAUAAACAUACUUUUAUUACAAAUAGUUCCAGUUUAUAUUUAUUUUUUAAUAUUGAGUUUUAAUAUUUUAAAUAUUGAGUUAGUAUAAUAUACAUUUUAAAUGCUCGUUAUUUAAUUAAAAGACACGUGUGAAUUAAAAUGGUUGAACUUUUUAUACUAUGAAGCAAUAAAGUAUUAAAUGGAAGUCAAAUAAACAUACAAUAGAUCUGUCACAACUGCCUGGAAUCAAUUCAGUUUUCCCUAAAAUGUAUUGUACACAUAAAAAUAAGACUUAUGUAUUUUUUAUGAGAUCUGCAAAUAGAUAUAUAAUACAUAUAACGAAUAUACAUAAUAACAUUAUGUAUAAUACAUAAAAACGAAUAGAAAAAAAUUAGAUUUUGAUACAGUUCCUACUUUUUUGUAUUUUCAAAAUUUUAUUUCAGUUCUAUUACUUCUCCGGCUGAAACGUUUAAAAGUUGGUGAAAGGAGAAAUCCAUGUAGUUACGAUGUGAAAUUUGCUAUUGUAAACGCUUUAAAGUGUCUGUAGUGGAUCAUACUUAAAACGUUUUGAAGUAAGUGCAUUUAAUGGAUUGCAUUCUAAAGGCCAUUUCUCUUUAAGAAACUACCAUUAUAUUAUCCCCCUCCCCUGAAAAAAUUUAAUAUGUAUUUUUUAAUAAACGGUGAGAAAAAUCGGUAAAAAAGUUAAUUUUUAAAAAAAUAUAUAGCAAUAGUAAAAAUUUUGAAAAAAAAUUUUUAAGAAUUAGUUUCUGGAAGGAAAAAAGUUCCUCUUUACGAAAAAAAAGUCUGCUCAAUGUAGAAUGAAAGCAGAUAUCCAAUUUCAGCAUAUGAAAAUUUGAAUUUUUCGAGGAUAAUAAAUAGCGUUGUAAAAUAGAGAAACAUCAAUAAACCAACAAUUUUUUUUCAGCUUAAAGUUUUAACAAAUUAUUAUUUAAUACAUAGUAAAAACACAAAAUUUUCUUAUAAAAAUAGAAAAAGAACAGUUUAAAAGCAGUCGCGACAGCAAUUUAAACGAUGAUCAUUGCAAACGGUUGAUUCUUUUUAUCAUUUUUAUAUAAAUAAUAAAAACAUCUUUUUUUUUAUUAGUUAAUGUCCAAUCUUCUCAAUAUUUGCUGAAUGCUAAAUUUUAAUUGGUCUGCUUAAAGUCUUAAAGUAUUCUGGAUUUCUAAUGGAUCUCCAUUGUAGAUAUUCAAUUUAAAAUAUAUACAUAAUUAUGUUGUAAAAUGCAUGUACGUGUUCGAAAAUACUUAAUUAGCAAAACAAAUUUUUUUUCGAAGUUAUUUUUACUUACGUAAUCCCUACCUAUGGGUCGAAAACGUCCUAUUCGAAUUUUACCUGGCUGGCGUUUGGAAUAGAACAAACGGACCGGGCACUGGCCUUGGCACUGAAACCCUUCCCCUCCUAAGUUUUUUUUUUAGUACAACUUUGAUAGCGCUAGCAUCGCGGUUGCACGAAAAAUUAAGGAUAAUAGUUUUAAGUAGGACGAAAACUACCUAUAUAGAUAGGGAUUGAGGGAUAAGUAUGUUAAGUUUCAUUCAAAUCGGUGAGCGUCAGUUGGGUAGAGUUACUUGUCAGAUUUAUUGCUUUAAAUUAUUAACGAUGAUUCAAAUUCUGCUAAUUCCAAUUUCAAAUUUUGUAACUUCCUAGUCACACACGUCUGAGUUGGCUGAAACAAUUUGCGAACAAAGAUUUACAACAAUAUGGAAACAAAACACGUUAGAAUUAUUACAUUUCUUAGUGAAAAAUUUGACUGCGUUAAAUCAUAAAAUUAAAAUAUGAAAAACAUGCGAUAAAUAUAGAUAAAUUAAUUAUAUGUAUAACACUACAGGUGAUCAAAAUCAAAUGCAUCGAAACGUUUGUACACUUUGUAAGUUUUAGCAACAUAAAAUAUAUUAGCAAAUAAGACCUUAGCGUUGGCUUAAAAAACGUUUGAAUAAUUUAAUAAAAUAAAUAUUUUAUUUAUACCAUUAGUUUCAAAUAAAUAAUAUAUAAUAAAUAUAGGACUUGGUCAAGAAGUGUAAGAGCGAAUGAUCGUGUGGUGGUGAUAGUGCGUGGAUAGGAUAGAGUUAAGUAGGUAUUUAAAGAUUUAGAAUGAAAAAAUAGAAGUGAAUAGAUUUGUUUUUUAUUCCUGCACUGCUACACUAGUGUAAUAAGUUAGAAUGAGAAAAAAUAUAUUUGUCUUAUUCUAACUUAUUGCAGCAGUGCAGGAAUAAAAAACAGACCUAAUGAGAAGGGAGAACAAUAAAGUUGCUGGGGAAUUGAAGAAAAAGCGAUAGAAGCAGGAAGAAAGGAUAGUAGACGGGCAGAAAGAUCGCGGCUAGGGAGGUUAGGGGAUGCGAACGCGGGAAAAUGUCUACAGAAGGGAGAGAAGAAAAAAGAUAAAGGAGGAUAGAAAAGGGCUAAAGAAUCCGGAUAAGAGAGCAUUAAGUAAGGUAAAAAGGUGAAUUAAAGAAAACGGAAGAGAAAUAAGGCUAGAAAAUAUAGGGGUGAGCAAGGGGUAGGUUAUGUUCAUAGAAUUUAGUAAGAUAAUUUAUAGAGAGUACAGGAAAGAGUGGAUUCAGAUCACAACCCCUAGGCGAUGAAAUUGAAAAGCAGAAAGAAAAGGAGGAAAGGACUGCAGAAAGAAGAUCAAGAAUAAGAGAGGACGAUGAAGCAGAGCAUAUACAAGGAAGAGCGAAAUAGACAAAUGAAGGAGACCCUGGAUAACGAAACAAUAGAAUUCUGGAAGAAAUUAUAGGAGACGAUCCAGAAAGCAACAAUAAAAAUAGGCGUACAAGAAAGAAAAGGAAUAGAUUACAAGGUCUGGUAAAAUAGAUGCUGUACAAAAGAGAAGAGGAAAAUGUAAGAUUUUAAAGAGGCGAAAGAAAGAGUUACGAGAGAGGAUCAAUUAGAAAAGAAGAGUAAACUAAAGAGCUUUCUGGACAAGAAGCAAGAUAAAAGAAAUGAAGGAAGGAGAGAAAAUAGAUUUUUAAGUCUGAAAAGGCAAUGAAAUUGUGAAAUACAUAACUA